UAGCAACAAAGUUUUCAAUAUCUAUUAGAUAUUGCAAAUCUAGCUGGGCUUUAUUGUUUAAUAAAGUUGUUGGCGUUGAAAAAAAAUUAGAUAUUACAAAUGGAUUGAUGACGAUGUCACAAGACGUUUCAUUGGUUCACCUGGCUCCUCACAUCCAUUAUUACAUAAUUCUCAAUCUUUUAAAUAAAAAAAUAAAUGCGAGGGGCCGGCCUCUUUCUGUUGUUUAAACCCUCCACUUGUUUCUUCUGCAUCUCCCCAAACUCCCGUUCCUUUUUCCGAUCAACUCUCCGGCGAGGGAGCUGCAAUGGUGUUGGAAAAUUUUCUUAGUGACGACUUCAAUGUUCCACACAAGCAUCCGUCGGAUGAAGCGCUUAGAAACUGGCGCAAAGCCGUAACGGUCGUCAAAAACUACCGGAGAAGAUUCCGGCAUGUCGCUAAUCUCGAUGGGAGAUCUAUAAAGGAAAAACUUCGGGUUGGCAUCAAGACUUUAAUUGCAGCUUUCCGUUUUAUUGAUGGUGUUGCUCAUAAUGGAAACCAACUUCCAGAAGCGAAAGUUUGCGAUUUUCACAAUAAUCCAGCUAAACUUGCAACCAUGACUCAACGCUAUGAUGUGGCAACCUUAAGAUCCCUUGGUGGAGUUAACGGAGUUGCAGAAGCAGUAAAAGUCAACAUAGAUGAAGGAGUCAAGUCAACAGAUUUGACCACUAGACAAGAAACUUAUGGUGUAAACAAAUACACAGAAAAACCAUCCAAAAGCUUCUUCAUGUUUGUAUGGGAAGCUCUUCAUGAUCUAACCCUGAUCAUCCUUAUAGUAUGUGCUGUCGUAUCAAUAGGUGUCGGCCUCGCCACCCAAGGUUUUCCAGACGGAAUAUACGAUGGCUUAGGAAUCUUAUUAAGUAUUUUGUUAGUUGUUACUGUUACCGCUGUCAGUGACUACAAACAAUCUUUACAGUUUAAGGAUUUAGACAAAGAGAAGAGAAAGAUUUCAUGUCAAGUAACAAGAGACGGCUUACGAAAAAAGGUUUCCAUUUAUGAUUUAGUUGUUGGAGAUAUCGUUCAUUUAUCAAUCGGAGACCAAGUUCCUGCUGACGGGAUAUUCAUAUCCGGAUACAGUUUGUUAAUCGAUGAAUCUAGUUUAACCGGUGAAAGUGAAGCCGUGCAUAUAGAUGAAAAAAAGCCCUUUGUUCUUGGCGGAACCAAAGUGCAAGACGGCUCAGCUAAAAUGCUCGUUGCAGCAGUCGGUAUGAGAACCGAAUGGGGAAAACUGAUGGAAACGUUAGGUGACGAAGGAGAAAACGAGACCCCAUUGCAAGUGAAGUUAAACGGUGUGGCUACGAUUAUUGGUAAGAUCGGGUUAGUAUUCGCAGUGUUGACUUUUCUCGUGUUGACCGUGAGGUUUCUUGUGGAAAAAGCCAUCCGAAAUGAAUUUUCAAGCUGGACUUCAAGUGAUGCGUUGAGUAUGCUAGACUAUUUCGCCACUGCGGUUACUAUUAUUGUCGUUGCGGUACCAGAAGGACUACCGUUAGCUGUCACGUUAAGCCUUGCGUUUGCAAUGAAGAAACUAAUGGAUGAUAAAGCACUUGUGAGACAUUUAUCUGCUUGUGAAACAAUGGGGUCGUCUACUUGCAUAUGCACGGAUAAAACCGGGACUUUAACAACCAACCAUAUGGUGGUUGAUAAAAUAUGGGUAGCGGGUAAACCAAAAGACGUUAAAGAACCGUCAGAGUUACCGGAAAACGUGUCAACCGUUCUCCUGCAGUGUAUAUUCGAAUGUACAGGCUCCGAAGUGGUCAAAGAUGCAAAUGGUCAAACGUCUAUUUUGGGCACUCCAACAGAAUCUGCAAUAUUGGAAUACGGUUUGCAUUUGGGUGGCGAUUUUGGUAUCGUACGCAGUGAGAUUAAAGUACUAAAAAUGGAACCGUUUAAUUCCAAGAAAAAGAACAUGUCAGUUAUUACGCGUCUACCUAACGGUCAAAUACGCGCGUUUUGCAAAGGUGCAUCGGAAAUAGUGUUAGGAAUGUGCGACAAUAUCAUCGAUGACAGUGGAGAAGCCGUUCAACUGUCGAAAGAGAAAGCGGAAGCGAUUACAAAUGUGAUUAAUGAGUUUGCUGAUAAGGCUUUAAGAACUCUUUGUUUGGCGUAUAUUGAUGUGGAAGGAGAGUUUGAUAUGCAAAAAGACAUACCUGCCCUUGGGUAUACUUUGAUUGCGGUUGUGGGUAUUAAGGAUCCGCUUAGACCGGGGGUAAAAGAGGCGGUUGAAAUAUGUUUAGCAGCUGGUAUUACUGUGCGUAUGGUUACGGGUGAUAAUAUCAACACGGCUAAAGCUAUUGCGAGAGAAUGCGGUAUACUCACUAACGGUGUUGCCAUUGAAGGGCCUGAUUUCAGAAACAAAACCAAUGAAGAAAAGAGUAGAAUUGCACAAGAUAUUCAGGUCAUGGCUAGAUCAUCACCAACAGACAAAUUGGAGCUAGUUAAGAAUUUGAGGGGUUUAUCAGAGGUAGUUGCAGUCACCGGUGAUGGGACAAACGAUGCUCCAGCACUGCAUGAAUCGGAUAUCGGAUUCGCGAUGGGAAUAGCAGGAACCGAGGUUGCUAAAGAACAAGCUGAUGUCAUUGUCAUGGAUGAUGAUUUUGCAACAAUUGUUAAAGUAGCCAAAUGGGGACGUGCAGUUUACAUAAACAUUCAAAAGUUUGUCCAGUUUCAGUUGACAGUUAAUAUAGUUGCUCUGAUGAUCAACUUUGUUUCUGCAUGCAUCACAGGGUCUGCUCCCCUUACUGCUGUGCAGUUGCUAUGGGUGAACCUGAUCAUGGACACGCUGGGCGCGUUAGCACUGGCCACUGAACCACCAAAUGACGGCUUGAUGAAUAGACCACCGGUUAAGAGAACCGAAAAUUUCAUAACAAAGACCAUGUGGAGGAAUAUCAUCGGCCAAAGUGUUUACCAAAUGGUUGUUCUAUUUGUCUUGAAUUUCGCUGGGAAACCCAUUCUCAAUUUGCAUGGAGACGAUGCAACUGCCAUCCUCAAUACUUUCAUAUUCAACACCUUUGUCUUCUGUCAGGUAUUUAACGAAGUAAACAGCCGUGAUAUCGAUAAAAUAAACAUUUUCCGGGGGAUGUUGAGCAGUUGGAUAUUCAUCGGUGUCAUGUUGGCGACUAUUGUUUUCCAAAUCAUCAUUGUGGAGUUUCUUGGUACUUUUGCAAGCACCGUGCCCCUAGAUCGGGAUCUGUGGUUACUCAGCAUCGGAAUAGGAUUUGUGGGCAUGCCAAUUGCAGUUGUUUUGAAGUGCAUUCCUGUUGAAAAGCCUAAGCAACAAUAUGAUGGUUAUGAGCGCAUCCCUGAUCGCCCAGAAAAUGCUUGCUGAAAUCCGCGCCAAAGAGAACACGACCUCACUUUGAUUUUGUGAAGCCUUGAAAGUGUAGCACCUGAAUUAUUAUUAUUAUUAUUGUCUUAAUUUGUAGAUGGUAGCAAUGCUUUUGUGAGUACUACAUUGCACUUAACACAGUGGACGCUGGAUAGAUGUGAGAACUAGACAGAAUAUCUACAAAUAUUCUAACACAGGCUGGACGGUCGAUGUCAUGGAUCAUUCAUGCAUUGACCGUUCCUUGUUUGCGUCUAUACUCUCA